AUGGUUGCAGGAAAUGGAAAAGUUGGAGUUAAUUCGUUUAUUGUUGCAGGAAAUGGAAAAGUUGGAGUUAAUUCGUUUAUAGUUGCAGGAAAUGGAAAAGUUGGACUUAAUUCGUUUAUAGUUGUAGGAAAUGGAAAAGUUGGAGUUAGUUCGUUUAUAGUUGCAGGAAAUGGAAAAGUUGGAGUUAAUUCGUUUAUAGUUGCAGGAAACAGAAAAGUUGGAGUUAAUUCGCUUAUAGUUGUAGGAAACAGAAAAGUUGGAGUUAAUUCGCUUAUAGUUGCAGGAAACAAAAAAGUUGGAGUUAAUUCGCUUAUAGUUGCAGAAAACGGAAAAGUUGGAGUUAAUUCGUUUAUAGUUGCAGAAAACGGAAAGGUUGGAGUUAAUUCGUUUAUAGUUGCAGGAAACGGAAAAGUUGAGAUAAUUCGAAACAGAAAAGUUGGAGUUAAUUCGUUUAUAGUUGCAGGAAACGGAAAAGCUGGAGUUAAUUCGUUUAUAGUUGCAGGAAACGGAAAAGUUGGAGUUAAUUCGUUUAUAGUUGCAGGAAACGGAAAAGUUGGAGUUAAUUCGUUUAUAGUUGCAGGAAAUGGAAAAGUUGGAGUUAAUUCGUUUAUAGUUGCAGGAAACGGAAAAGUUGGAGUUAAUUCGUUUAUAGUUGCAGGAAAUGGAAAAGUUGGAGUUAAUUUGUUUAUAGUGGCAGGAAAUGUAAAAGUCGGAGUUAAUUCGUUUAUAGUUGCAGGAAAUGGAAAAGUUAGGGUUAAUUCGUUUAUAGUUGCAGGAAAUGGAAAAGUUGGAGUUAAUUCGUUUAUAGUUGAAGAUGUGUAA